AUGGACACCUUCCCCACCACCUCGACGUCCCAAAUCGACCUCCACUCGUUGGAAUACGACCUUGCCCAGCUGUCUCGCGCUGUCGACGCCGCCAUUGCUGGAAAGGUCAUUCAGCCUGAGCCAGUCUGCCCCAACCACUUCCACGUGCACACACUCACCAUCCAAGCGACGCCCGCCACGCCAGUCCGCUUUGAACAGUACCCCGAUGGACCGCGCGAUAACCCCAAUGCAACUGUCUUCGAAGCUAUUUUCAACAGCGUCAAGGCCGCAAAGGAGUCAUGCGUCCCCCUCGUUCUCUCCAUCCCCGGCCCGAAGCUAUUCCAUAUUCCCCCAUUCGACCAGAAGAACAUCUCGCGCCAGUCACAGGCACUCAGCGGCCGCUCGCCCGACGUCUUCCUUCCCACCACCCACGGCAAGACGCGCCCCUUGAUUCGCCUCCGCUCAUUGCCUAUUCCGAGAGGCCAAGUGGGAACGAACUUUUACGUGUCCGCCACAGGCUGGGAUAUUGGGUACUGGCUCCAUGCGGCACUUGCUCUCGACCCAUCCCAGCAGGCGACGAGGAAGGGAAACUAUCGCGACGAGCAUGAACGCGUCCAUCUCCGCACUGGUGUGAGUGUCAUAUGGCUCCCAGCGACUGAGGAGGGUGGCGACCCCGAGCUCAAGCUCAUCGUCACCGUGGACGUCUACCUGGAUAUGGAGGUGAUUGAGAUUCCUCUCUCACCAGUCGGUACCGACCUUUUCAGCUUGGUUCUUGUUGCCGUCCUCCCCGCCGAGGCCAGCAGGCCCGCGACCGAGAGUCGCGCUAGUGCAUUACAACAGUUCUACGAGUCGCUCCGCCCUGCCCCGGACCUUCCUCUCGGAUUUGACGCCCGCCUUCUGCAGCCCAAUGAAAUGGCCUUGAAGCUUCUUCCCUUCCAGACACGCACUCUGGCACUCCUGCUGGAACGCGAAGGUGCACCCAUCGCUGGCGAGGUCAAGGAGCUCAAGUCCGCACACCAGUGGUCCAAGAUGCACUUUGAGGGCUUUGGCGAUUACGCGUUCCAGCGCCUGACUGGUCGCCUUGUCAAACUCACUUCCAAUCGCAAGGGCAAGGACCGCGAGACUGCGUGUGGCACGGACGGAGAGCUGGACGCUCUUCCACAUUUGUUCAACCUCGGCAACGUCCGUGGGACAAUGCUGUGCGAGGAAAUGGGUCUUGGAAAAACCGUCGAAGCCAUCGCUCUCAUGCUGCUGCACCGUCACCCUCUUUCUGUUACCCGCCCUCCGGCCGGCGCCUCGGCAGAUGUCCCCACGUCCUCGGUUAUUGACCUUCGCACGUUACCAGCAUCCUAUGGCCACCCUAAAGUCAAGGCUUGGCUUCAAGCAGAGCACACGGCGUUUGACGGAACUACCUCUUGGUCGGAAGAGUCACAACUGCAUGUCGCAGAGGUGGCAGCCACGCUUGUAGUGACACCAUUACCCUUGCUCAAGCAGUGGGUGACCGAGAUGCGUACGCACGCACCUGGUCUACGGAUCGGCGUCUACCCCGGAUGGAAAGUCUUGAUCUCGCAAAUCGCAGCCAAGCGUAAAGAGACGGCCAAGGAGCGCGAGAAGCACGAGGCUCAAAAGCUCAAGCGCAAGAACGUCAAGUUCCGCAACAAGACCCGGACCAAGUACUCCCGCGGUCACGACGGCUCCAAGGUCAAGGUUGAGCUGGAGAGCGAAAGCGAGAGCGAGGACGAAGUUAUCGCCUCCUCUACUCCAGAGGACAGCCUUCUCGACCUUGUUCAGCGUGCGUGGCUCGACUACCUCCGCGGCCACGACGUCAUCAUCACCACAUACCAGACUCUUGGAGACGACCUGGCCGUGGCCCAUCCUGCUCCAAUCCGCAGUCGCCGCUCUACAGCCAAAUACAACAUUGAGGAGCGCCCUCGCAGUCCGCUGGUCAUGGUCGAGUGGUGGCGCGUUAUCAUGGACGAGGUCCAGCUUCAGGGUGAUCAAAGCGCAGCGGCCGAGAUGGUUUCGCUCAUCCCGCGCAAGUGCUCGCUUGCAAUGUCUGGUACGCCAGCGCGCAAUGACGUUCACGACCUCAUGGGCUCGCUGCGGUUCCUUCGUGUUCCCCACGCCGCCGAGCGCCAGAUUUGGCACCGUCUCUUGCAGGAUGAGAACCGCCUCGUGUUCCACGGUCUCUUCCAGGCGCUCUCUGUGCGCACAACCAAGGUCGAGGUGGCUGGCGAGUUCAACCUUCCUCACCAGACUCGCUUUGUCGUGCCCAUCGAACUCUCCGACAUUGAAAUGCACUACUAUCUCGACACGCUAGACCGCCAGCAAGACCGUCUCCGCCGCAACGAUCGCGAUGGCCGGUCAUUUGACCGUUCAGUCUUCUUUUCAUCACUCCGUCACCUCCGCCAGAUCUGUACCCAUAUCCAGGUCGGAGCUCUGCAGCGCGGCGCCGCCAACCCCGUCGAUCGCGCAGACCGUAUCCAACUCGGACGUAACUUGAUGAACAUGGACGAGGCGCUCAAGAAGAUGCGUGCCGACAACGAGGCCGCCCUCGUCACCCAGAUUCGUAACCAGAUGCGCCACAUGAUCCUCAAGGCCCAGCUCAUGGUGCUUGACGACACUGACGACUUGCGUCACCUCAAGGCACUGUCCCUGUACGAGCGUGCGCGCACUCAAGGCCAAAGGAUCCUCGACCCUGCUCGUGCGGCACUCAAUUCACUUAUCGGUGACCGUGAGGACAGUGUGGACGACGAGGCUGCGCUACGUAGCGCGUCGCAAGCCGAGCGCGACCGCGCCAGGCAGUUGAUGACGGCAAGGCAGGCGAUCCGAGAGACUCUCCUCCUCAUCCACCAGAGUUGGUUCCUUGAGGGAGACGUCCGCCACGUCGAAAAGGAGGAAGACGCCGAGGUGGUCGCGUACAAGAUGGCCGAGGACCUGCGCAAGGACAUUCUCGCCCGCCCACUCAAGCUAGCGUACAAGUAUGUCGAAGGAAUGUGCAAGACGAUGGAGGAACACCCGGCCAUCGAGUCCCUCGACAACCUGUACACAUCCAACACGCGCUACCGUGGCGGUAUUUCCACCCAUGACGCCGUGAUCGAGGCCAACGCGCUGUUGCGUAUUCUCAAUGACAACGCCUCGCUCGUCUUCAACUGGCGUGCAAAGGUCAUCAAGCUCCUCCAAACCCCACUCGAGGCCGAGGAAGACGCUGUUCCCGCGCCUGGUCAAGGUCAAGAUGUCGAGAACCCCGAAGAAGAGUACUAUGCCGAGGCGCUCAAGGCCCAAGGUGACGUCGAAGCAUACCUUACAGCCUACGCUGCAGUUAUUGCAGACCGAAAGGAAUUCCUCCUGGAGCAGCGUACUGCCCUUGCGGAGCACGAGGGCGAUCUCAAGAAGAAGCGUGUCACCAACCGUGCCAAGGAGGCAGAGCUCAAUGCUGCGCCCGUGGAACUCUCGGACGUCGAUGAUCUCACUCUCAAGCUCAUGCUCGAGCGCCAGGCAUUCCGCGACAGGCGUAACGAAGAGGACUGCACGCGCCCACUGAAGGCUAUCCUCAUCGACAUUUCCAAUGUCGUUCACAGUGGCGCGCGCGUCGAAGAGGUUGAGAUGGCCAAGGAGACGUCGAGCGCGCUCCGCAAGUAUAUCAACCAGCAGACCGAGUUUGUCGACAAGCUCUACAAGGAGCUCGACGUGCUGCGAGCCACAUUCAACAAGCGUGUCAUGUACUUUGCCUCGCUCCAGGAAAUCUCGGACUCGGUCGCGGCGCCCAUGUUCAAGGAUUUGCGCAAGGACAUUGCGGAGGCAGACCGCCAGAUCACCAGGCUCGAGGGCGACAUUGCGCGCAACACUGUCAAGGGUCGCUACUUGUCGUACCUCGACAAUGGCAACGGGGAGCGUGACGUCCACGAAGAGUGCUCCAUCUGCUUUGGUACUUCCGAGGACAAGCAUGCCGUCCUCCUCGCAUGUGGCCACGCGUUCUGCGUCUCGUGCUUCCGCGAGUACCGAAAGGCGGCCUACAUUGGACGCAAGUGCGCCACGUGCAAAGCGGACAUCAAUGAACGGCAAUUCACCAAGAUCCGCAUUCGCCACGAUGAUCAGGACGCUGCUGGCGAGUCGCAAGAUGCCGCCGAGGAUGAGGAGGAGCAGGACCAGCUCAGUGACGAUGCCGAGCGCGCCGCGCGCAUGGCAGACCUGAACAAGCUCAACAUGCUUCCCGAGGAACGCCAGCGUGAGAUCAUGGCGAUGGACAUGAUGGGCGAGUACGGCUCCAAGAUCAACUUCCUCAUCAAGCACCUCCUGUACACUCGCCUCCUCCAUCCCGACACCCGCCACGUGGUCUUUUCUAACUGGGCCGACUCGCUGCACAUCGUCGAGCGUGCCCUCCGCGAAAACCGUAUUCGCUUCGUCUCGUUUGACUCCAACUCGAAGAAGAACGACGUGGUGGAGCAGUUUCACUCGGACCCGACCAUUUCAGUCUUCCUGCUUCACGCCGAGCGUGAAAGUGCCGGUCUGACUCUGACCUCGUGCGGCGUGGUGCACCUCCUCGAGCCUGUCCUGCAGCACAGUUUCGAGCUUCAAGCCAUCGGCCGUGUCGACCGGCUCGGCCAGAAGAAGCAGACCGAGGUGUACUGCUACGCGACCAUGGAGACGGUCGAGGCACGCAUCCUAUCCCAAGGGGUGCGGAACGGCACGUCCAUCUACCUUGCCGACAAGGACGCCGACGCCCGUGUGGUGGAGGCCAUGCCGAACGUCGCCUCGGCCGCCAGCCGUGGGGGCGACCUGGUGCUUAACACGGACGACGCGGCCGCAACUGCUCAGAUGCUGAGCCUUAUUAUGUAG